AUGGGUCAAGAGAGCAUAGAGACAGAGAGCUUUGUUGUAAGUAACUGUGGCCUGGCUCAUGACGAGGAAGAUUCGAUUGAUCAUUAUGGCGAAGUUCCAGAAGCAACCAAGUUUCGCACGACAGGUUUGGCUUAUGUUAUGAAGGUGGAAAUAUUGUUUAGAGAUAUAACUGUCACCGGGGAGGGAUCUUGGGCACCAUCCAUAGGAUUGGUUCAUAAUGAUAUUGGUGUCAUAGAUGCUGCAGAUGUAAUGCUUGAUAAAGAUAACAAUAUUGUAGAAGGUUUAGAUGUUUUGGAUGAUGAACUAAAUCUCAAUACACAUGGCAUUGAUGAUAUUCCUGCUAAUUUAGAUACGCGAGAUAAAAGAAAUAAGAAGUUUGGUCUGGCGGUUCAAUAUAAGAAAAGAAAGAAAGGAGUUCAAAUCGUUAGUCAACAUUUGAGUUUGAUUUGUGAUAUAAUAGAAAGUAAGAAUACAGUUACAUCUAAGAGCUAUGAUAAACCUGGAUGUAAUAUUGAAGAGGUUAUGGAUGUUGUUUGGGGGAUUGCUGAAAGAGAAAAUGACAUUGACAUCCUUAAGUUCGCAACAUAA